AGCUUUAGGUCCAUGUGAUCAAAUACUAAGACUAAACAGCGUGGUCUGAUAACCUAAAGGCGUUUAAUAGAGUUACACAAAUAGAUGCCAUAUCUACACAAAUUUACGUACAGAUAUUGAAUUGACUCCUUGAUGUCAAUUUGAACCAACUUAGUAACUGAUAACAGUAGCGGUCAAUAUAAAGGAAGGAGCCGAGUAAAUUAUAUCAGUUUAAUUCUUGAAUUUAAACUAACCAGUCUUUGCUAAUUAGAGAAAAAAAUUAAGAAAAGAUGAUGAAAAUUGCAAUUUUCUGUGCGUUGUUGGGCUUCGCCUGUGCUGCAACUUAUAUAUCGCGUCUCCCGCCAAAACCGGAACAUCUAGCUCACAAAGAGGGGUGUUACAUCCAGGAGAUUGGGGAUGUGGUGCCUUUUGGAACCGUCCUGACUGGCCCCCAGUGCGUGAGAAUCACCUGUGGAAGGAUGAUUGACUAUGCUUCAUGUGGUUUAAUCAUGACUGAUGACCCCAAAUGUUUUGUCACGAAAGGAGACUAUUCUAAGCAGUACCCAGACUGUUGUCCACAAAUAGAGUGUGAAAGAGAUAACUACAUAUAAUUAUAUUAUUUAGAGUAAGAAUAGAAUAACGCCCUGAUCUGAUAGUUUUAAAAUCUUUUUCUUUUUCUGUUUUACAUUCACCAAAACUAUGAUAAAAAGAGGUUAAAUAAUCCUUUCACCUCAUUUGGGUUGCUGAUCUUUUUUCAAUUUCUGUAGAGCAAAAUCGAAAUUUAAAAAAUAGAAUACUCAUGGUAAAUAAUAGGCAGUUGACAAAAAAACAUGGAACAGCUAAUUUCAGAUUCAAAUAUUAGGCCAGUGUAGUGUAGUGUGUAAACGUUGUAAAGUUAUACCUACUCAAUGUUUAACAUAACGUAAAAACCCGUUAACUUACAUAAAAUUCUUCAACAACUUAGUACAUAAACGUUCCAUUAAAAAAAAAAAACUAGUUGUAAACACACAGUGGGUUUUUUCACAUGCACAUUGUCUUCCUAACAAUAGAUUUCCUACGAUGUAAUAAUUAUUAUGUAAUUUGUAAAAAUCUCAUUGUAAAUAGUGCUUGCAUUUAUGAAGUCUGCCCACCGACUUGUAGUGAAAAGUUAUACUUUUGCAGACAAGUUCCGUGUAAUUUUUUUAAGGAAAACUAGUCUAGGUGUAAAUAUUUAGGUACAGUCACGUAUAUAAAUAUGAACGUACUUUUUAAUUCGCUAUUAUUCAGUGUAGUGAAUAUAAAUUUUUACAUACGUAUGCAAUUAAUAUUACGUUGAUUAUCAAUAGGAGAUUCAGUUCGCUACAUCAUUGUCAAAAAUUUGAUUGCAGUUUUUAGAAUGUGUCAUAUGUGACUAAAAAAAACAGAGAUAAAUUGAGAAUUAUGAAUUUAAUUCUUUAAAAAAAAACAAACUCGUUUAUGGUCGCGACUGUACUAAUUAACUAGUCUUACUAUUUGUUGCAACUGAAUGAGUGUUUAAUGUUUAAAUGAAGUUGAAUCUUGAGGAAAAUAAAUGUUAAGAUACAAUGACUUUAUGAAUGAGUAAAUUAUCAAAAUUUGUGAUUUAAUAAUUUAAUAUCUAAUUAUAAGAAUAUGACUUAUGAUGAAUAAGUACAAGAUAAUCUUCCAGAACUUUGCUUUGCACAACCGAGAACGUAAAAUUUAGGUUUUAUUUCAAAUAAAUUAAAAAAAAAAUACUUUUUAAACUACACAACGGAAUUAUAUUCCAACUUUUUUUUUUCAAAAAGUGUCUUCAGUAAUAUUUUUAUUUUUUUAUUUUGUGACUCCUUAAAAUUGUUUUUUAAAAAUUUCAUACAAAUUUUUACAUAAUUAAUUUAUGAAAAUUAGCAUUAAGUAUGAAUAUUUACGACGCUUUGUAAGUUUUGGACGGAGUUCCUUGUGAGGAGUCGAGAUGACUCUAGAAGCUAUCUUGCCACCAAAUUGUUGAUUAAUAUUAUUUUGUAAACUGUACAUAAAUUUAAAAAUAUAAUGAUGAAAACAAU